AUGGGGGCCAGCCUCGGACGCCUUGUCCGAUUUUGUUGCUGCUGCUGUGAAGACAAUGAGCCGGAAGAGAAGAGUCCCAUACUCAGCGAGACUCUGCAGUAUUUCGACCGAGAAGCGAAGCGCCGGCGAGCCGAGGAGACGAAUCUUUGGAGCGAGCCUCUAGAUAAAUCUCACAUGGAGCGCGAUGACGACCGUAACCUGUACAACCUGCUGCAGCGCCGGGCUAAGACACGUCGUGGGUCCCAGGGGUACCGGCGACUCAGUAUCGAUAUCCACGGCAAGAGGCAGGUGCGGAGAGAUGUGAAAGAGCGCUGGAAAAUGAUCCUCGAGAAUCUGGGGUUCCAUGCAGAGGCGGAGUCUCUCCUCGCUGUCUCCUCAAACUGCUCCUACGCCAGCCUGCGCCACCCAGCCGCCACCCGCGCCCUGCUGAACACACUGCAUCACCAGACCUCCGUCUUCGAUAGCAAGGACGCCCCGCCAGAGAGAUACCUCUUCGUGCUGGAUCGCUUGUUAAUUCUGGACGCUGCUGAAGAUUUCGUUGGAAAAGCCAGGCUUUACUACCCGAAAGAGGAGUCGCCACAGGACGAGGGGGAGGCGGAGCCAGAGAACACCACGCCCAUCCUGGUGGCACAGACCAAUCAGCUGACACCUGGGGAGGAAGAGGAGGAGCUAGAGGGCGGAAGUGUAGAGAUGGACGAUGACGUCUUCAUGUCCAACUCUCUGGAAUGACGAACAAGUGGGGGAUGGGGGUGCUAGAAAAGAGGGAGUAAAACUGGAUACAGACAUAGAGAGGCCGCAGGUGGAGAGUGGGGAGAAAGGAAAUGUUGCGUUUCUAAUAAUCUAAUAUUCCAUGAACAGCAUAGCAAUCCAGCCGUGAAUACAGGGACACUUGCUGUAGCAGCAGGUGACUUCACAUAGCUACUGUGCUUUCUGAAUCUCCAGUUAGUCUGAAGACUGUUGGCUCAGAGAAUUGUAAUAACUCUGUGCUUGUGUGACGUGCCUGGGAGCUCAAACUGCUGGAUUUAUUAAAGGACCUUUUAAAGAGAGUGUCUUGUGAUUUGCUUUCAAACCGUCCUCCGUCAGAGGGGGGCCUGACACACACACAACUGAAAUUGCAAAUAAGAGUAAAGGUACUAUUUCUGUGUCGGCUGUCCUACUCAAGCAGCUAUUAGGACUUGUAUCGUUUCGUUUGCACUGAAGUAUGCGUGCAGCACAGGGAAACUUCUCAGAUUGCCCGUUUUUUCCUGCUUGUAUCCUGUUCCCUUAGUCCCGUCUCUUCUCGCUCCCUAUUGGCUUCUGUCCUCCCCCAGUUCUUCGUAAAGCUGAAAGCUAUUGACUGAUCUCGACAUACAAUUAUACAAAUCUGCCAAUUAGACAUUCUGUAAUUGACACAUUUAGUUGUACUUUCCAACAAUCAUGACUUUAGUUUGACAAGCGUUUUGUCUCGCCUCUAUCAUGAUGUGUAUUAUUAUUGUCAUAACGCCUGUUAUAAUUAUACGAAUUUAAACCAUCAGAAAUCAAACCUGCCGGACUUCCUGAACCUCCAAAAGAAACUCAAAUCAGGAUGUUAAAAACAGAAGGAAAAGAUUACAAAAAAAAAAAAAAAAAAAAACCUCCAAUCAUUCUUGACUGUUAUGUGUCACGACUGAAUGUUUCAGCUCUCCGCUCAGUGGAGUGAAAGCAGCAGGAUCAAUGAACUUUGAUACCAUACUUCACCAAUCUGCCUCUGGAAAACCAAGACAGAAAGUUAAUUUCACUGAGAACUGUCAACACACGGUGAAAUAUUCUACGGCAAUGUUUCUGUGUGUUUCAUGUUCUCUUACAUGUGUACUAAGCAUACAGUAGCCUAAUAAUAAUAAAAUAAAUGCGCUAAAAUCACUUAAUUAAAAAUAAUAUUGUACUUUUUUCACACUGUACAGUAAUAUGCAGAAUGCUGCAGCAUGGUUUACUUUGUGUUACUGGUAGACAGUGAUGAGCAAAUAGCGACAUGGCAGGUUGGAUGGUUUUUUUGUUUUGUUUUAGGGAUAAAUAAAUGUGUAAUGGGUAGCUAAUUAAUGCAAGUUCUUGAAGCUGACA